AUGCCUGUUACAGACCUGAGAGCUUUACAAGAAAAACAACUUCUGGAACACACUGCCGAGAGUGAGAAAAGGAAAUUCUCUGGAGAAGAAAAGCAUGUUGUAGUCUCCUCUGGGUUCAACUCUCAGAAGAAACUUCAGGUGGCUAUUUGCCUACUGUUGAUAGAGCUGUGCGAGAGAUUCACUUUCUUUGGCAUUGUCUGCAACAUGAUUCUAUUUUGCACCAUCAAACUUGGUUAUCCCAACCACCAGGCAGCCAUCAUAAACAUGUGCUUUGUAGGUGCCUCCAUGUUGUCACCUGUGUUAAUGGGCUGGAUUGCUGAACAGCUGGUGGGGAGGAUGAAGCUGGUGUAUAUCUGCAUGUUUCUCCAUUUUCUAGGUACAGCCCUGUUACCCGUUGUUGCUUUCCCCUUUGAAGAUUUGUAUAUAGACAUACACUAUAUCCUUCCCUCAGUAGCCAAAAAUGAACAAAAAAUCCUCUUCUACUUUGGGCUACUAACUGUCUGCUUUGGAAUGGGAGGCAUAAGAGCCAUAGUUUGUCCACUGAGUGCAUACAACCUUGAGGAUUAUGGACCAAAGGAACUUCUUUCUUUUUUCAAUUGGUUUUAUUGGCUGGUUAACUUAAAUUCAGCGGUUGUCUUUGUUAGCAUUUCUUAUAUCCAGCAAUCUGUGGCCAAGAACCUUGGUUUUCUUAUCCCAUUUGUGUCCCUGCUUAUGGCCCUGAUCACGAUUCACAUGGUGCGCAGUGAAAUGAUUUAUCAGCCCAAAAAAGGUAGCUCCCUGCUGACAACCUUUGGAGUAGUUGCUAAUGCGUUGAAAAUGUGCUGUGUGAGAUAUCACCACCUCCAUGAAGAUGUGACAAGCUGGUUAGAUCAUGCCAAGGAAAACUAUGGUGGCUGGUACAGUGAGACUCAUGUAGAAAACACUAAAUUGCUUGUCCAGCUCUUCCCACUCUUCACCUUUCAAAUUCUAUAUAGAAUUUGCAUUAUGCAGAUUCCUUCAGGAUAUUAUCUCCAGACCAUGAAUUCCAACUUGAAUUUGAAUGGAUUUUUCUUGCCAAUUGCAGCGAUGAAUGUGAUAAGCAUUGUACCCUUAUUAAUUCUUGCUCCUGUUUUGGAAUGCCUCAACACUCAUCUAUUGAGUUACAAGAAAGACCAACGCUUUCCGACAUUUUACAUUGUUGUAGGUCACUUCUUUGCGGCUCUGUCUGUGAUGGUAGCUGGCUUUUCUGAAAUACACAGGAAACACUUCCCUCAAGUGGAACAGGCUCUGUCAGGCAAAGUGCUUCCAGUUUCCUCCAUGCCUUGUUUUCAUCUGGCUCCUCAGUACAUUUUACUUGGAGUGGCUGAAGCUUUGGUGACUCCCACCUGUUCCUUAUUAACAUUCAGGCUUGUGCCAGGCAGAAUCCGAGGGCUUGCCAUGCACUUUUUGACCUUCUUCAAUGGAGCUGGUUGUUUUAUGGGAGCCUUUAUUGUUCAAACAACAUACAUCGGCUCUCGAGGCCAUUGGUUCCCAAACUUCCUAAAUGAGGGUAACUUGGAGAGAUUCUUUUUCUUCUUGGCUUCAUUAAUGGUGAUGAACACCUUGGGGUUCUGGAUCAUUUCACAUAGAUACAGCAAUCUGGAUCAAGAAUAUGACCAAGGGUUCAGAGGAAACACCUUUGAAAAGAAGCUUCUGAAGCAUGAAAAGCAUCCCAAAUUUUAUGACAGUGUCCUAGAAUAUUCUUCCACUUUAUCUCCUUUGCAGACAGCCUUAUAAAUUUUUACCUUUAAUUGACAGAACUGGCAUUAGAGUGCAGUCUACCUGAUUUCAUGCAGUCAGUCAUCUGGUAUGUUUUAAUGAAGCUGACUAUGCAUUUAUGAAAGGCUUUAGCACAAAUAUUCAUUUGCUGUUAUUUUUACCAAGUACCCCAAACCAUUACUAAUGUAGGGCCUGUCCCCGUAGCUGCUCUAGCCACUUAACUCUGGUUGCUGUCAAUGAGAGCUCCAUGAGCAGAGCCUUUUAAAGAG